UUCACUGCUUCUCAUCCAUCCCUUGGUCUCCAGGGCCUGCCUUCUCAGCCAAAAACCCCUGGAAAAUCCCAUCUCGGAACAGAAAUGAGUGAGCAGAAUGUAGCCUAUGUAGAAAUGAAACCUCCUCAGGAAUCGAAGAGAAGACAUAUAACUCUGGAGACAGAAGAUUCCCUUUCUGCUCCCUGGAGGCUCCUGGCUGGGAUUCUGGGCAUCCUAGGCCUGGGGCUCAUGACAGCUGUGCUAGCACUAGGGAUCCUCAUUGCCAACCAAUCACCUUAUAAAGGAUCUGAGAACCCUUCUUCACAUCCCAGUACCACACUGCAGAGAGGAUGCUACUCUGGCUCUUGCCCAGAGAACUGGAUCUGGAACAGGGGGAACUGUUAUUACCUUUCUGGAGAAAGCCAGAAUUGGUUGGAGAGUCAAACUGCCUGCAGGAACAUGAAUUCCAGUCUCCUGAAGAUUGAUGGAAAUAAAGAGGUGGAAGAUUUUCUGAAACUUCUGGCUUCCCAUUAUUGGAUUGGAUUGUCUCAGAAUGGCACUGAUGGAUCCUGGCUGUGGGAGGACAGAUCUGAACUCUCCCAUGACCUGUUGUCAGUGAAAAGCCAUUUCACAAGGGGAACCUGUGUAUAUUAUGGACUGAACAAUAAAUUUUCAUCUGAAGACUGUCACUAUUUAACAUAUUACAUCUGUGAACAAAGGGCUUUAUAA